AUAACAACAAACAUAUCACUGAAAAAUAUGUCAGUAUGCUUUGAAAUUUACUUUUCAUUUUUGUAUUAAUUUUCUUAAAUUUCACUUCGAUUUAUUUUUUUAUCUUCAAAAAUUUUAAGUAUUGUUAAGAGUUUCAAUCGCGUCUUAUUGGAUACUACAAAAUCACAAAUAGUCAGCAAUGAGUUCACGACAUAAUUCAUCAAGAGUUCCAUCGUCAAUAACAGAUCGAAAGAUUAUCGAUGUAAAAGCAUUAGAAAAGCGAGGAUACACAUUUGGCAAGAAAAUAGGAAAAGGAAGCUACGGAAGUGUUAUUGAGGUAAAAUAUCAUGAUCGAAAAUUAGAAACAAUUGUGGAUUUAGCAUGCAAAUACGUCAACAGAGAGAAAAUGCCACAAGAUUUUCUCGAAAAAUUCUUUCCACGUGAAUUACACUUCCUGACAAUCAUCACGCAUCCAAACAUCAUUCGAGUCCACAGCAUUUUGCAAAGUGGUCCAUCAGUUUUUAUUUUCAUGAGAAAAGCAGAGAAUGGAGACUUGUUGGAAUAUAUUAAGAACAAUGGACAUAUUAGUGAGGUACAAUCGAAUUUUUGGUUCUACCAAAUGGUUAGUGCUGUUAGAUAUUUACAUUCAAUGAGCAUAGCACAUCGAGAUUUAAAAUGCGAAAAUGUUUUCAUCACAAAACACAUGAACGUUAAAAUUGGUGAUUUUGGUUUUGCUCGAUAUUGCGUUGAUGAGACAGACGAGUACAGAAGACUAAUGUCGAAUACGUAUUGUGGUUCUGCUGCAUAUGCUGCACCUGAAGUUGUAUCAGGAAAACCAUAUGAUCCACUCAAAUCCGACAUUUGGUCAUUAGGAGUGAUAUUGUGCAUAAUGCUGAAUGGAAUGAUGCCAUUUGAUGAUAGGAAUAUAGCCAAGCUUUUAAAAGACCAGAAGCACAAAUUAUAUCAAGUAAAUUGUAAUAUUAUGGUGAAGCUUUCAACAGAAUGCAAAUCAGUAAUUCAAAUAUGCUUGGAACCUAAUCCAAAAUUACGAUAUGACAGUGAACAGCUCAUUGAUGUUAAAUGGCUAAAGAAGCAAGUCGAAAAACAUUCGAAGAAAUAAAAAUUCUCGUUUACUAAGUUUAGAUGCUCUUUUAAGUUGGAUAGAAUUAAUAAAAAAUUAUUGUCUGUUUGGAAAAUUGGAAAGAAUGUCAAGUUUUAUUGAGCUUCAUGGAAAUACUUUGCCACAAAAUUAAAUGUGAAUCUUGAUGAUUUAAGAAAAUAUUUACCAACUGUUAUGGAGCUUCGUUGAAAUUACUCUCUUGAAUGGGAAUUGAGAAGCUAUUGGGUUACCUUCUUGGAAGGAGAAUCUUCAUCGUUUGUGUCUGAGGGAGAUUGAUCACAUAUAAUGUUCAGAUAAGAACUGAAGUCAGUCAUUUUUGGAUGAUUAAGGAAAAAAGAUGGUGCUGCAAUAAAAACCUUCAGGCGCUGGUUUCUAGGACUUCCUGAAGUUCAAACCCUUAGGAAUCAAAAAUCAAUAUCUUUUAAUUCAGGUUCAUAUAUUUUGUUAAGAUCUAAGAUCGCAGUGCCUUUUAAUCUUCCAACAAUCCUCUGCCAUGGUAGCCCUGGAAAUCAGCUCCAGCAUUGAUCAGAUAAGUUGAAGUUCCAUGUGACUAAGACCAAAAAUUCACCAAUUUCCAAUUCAU